AUGGGCGUCCAAAACCCCAUCCUUCCCGAAGAGGGCAAGCAGAGCAUCCUCGUCACGAGCGCCCUCCCCUACGUCAACAACGUCCCUCACCUGGGUAACAUUGUCGGUAGCGUCCUGAGCGCUGACACCUACGCCCGCUUCAGCAAGCUCCGCGACCGCCCGACGCUGUACAUCUGCGGAACGGACGAGUACGGCACCGCGACGGAGACAAAGGCCCUGGAGACGGGCCAGACCCCCCAGCAGCUGUGCGACGAGUUUCACGUCAAGCACAAGGAGAUCUACGACUGGUUCGAGAUCGGCUUCGACCACUUCGGCCGCACCUCGACGCCCAAGCAGACCGAGAUCGUCCAGGACAUCUUCCUCAAGCUCCACAAGAACGGCUUCCUCGAGGAGCGCACGACCGAGCAGCCCUACUGCGAGAAGCACGAGGCCUUCCUGGCCGACCGCUUCGUCGAGGGCAUCUGCCCCAAGUGCAGCUACGACGACGCCCGCGGCGACCAGUGCGACAAGUGCGGUUCCCUCCUCGACCCCUUUGAGCUCAUCAAGCCCCGCUGCAAGGUCGACGGCGCCCAGCCCGUCGCCCGCAAGACCAAGCACCUCUUCCUCUCGCUCGACAAGCUCCAGCCCAAGGUGCAGGACUGGCUCGACAAGACCCUGUCAGAGUACAGCUGGCCCGCAAACGGCCUCGCCAUCACCCAGUCCUGGCUCAAGAGGGGUCUCGAGGGCAGGAGCAUCACCCGCGACCUGAAGUGGGGUGUCCCCGUGCCGCUCGAGGGGUACGAGAACAAGGUCUUUUACGUCUGGUUCGACGCCUGCAUCGGCUACCCCUCCAUCACGGCAAACUACACCGAUGACUGGGAGAAGUGGUGGAAGAAUCCGGACAAUGUCAAGCUCUACCAGUUCCUCGGAAAGGACAACACCCAGUUCCACACCAUCAUCUUCCCUUCGUCCCAGAUCGGUACCGGCGACAAGUGGACCAUGCUCAACCAGCUAUCCACGACCGAGUACCUCAACUACGAGAACGGAAAGUUCUCCAAGUCGCGCGGCAUCGGCGUCUUUGGCAACCAGGUCAAGGACAUCGGCAUCUCCCCAUCGGUGUGGAGGUACUACCUGCUGUCGAACCGGCCCGAGACGAGCGACACCCAGUUCGAGUGGCAGGCCUUCGCCCUGGCCAACAACAGCGAGCUGCUGGCCAACUUUGGCAACUUUGUCAACCGCAUCGUCAAAUUCGUCAACGCCAAGUGUGACGGCACCGUCCCGGAGUACUCUGCCAACUACACCGACGACAGCUUCGACUUCCCUGCCUGGAUCGCCAAGGUCAACACCCUGCUGGGCGAGUACAACGACCUGAUGGAGCGCGUCCAGCUCCGCUCGGGCGCCCGCAAGAUCAUGGAGAUCAGCGCCGAGGGCAACGCCCUGCUGCAGUACCGCCUCGACAACACCAACCUGGUCGAGAAGCCGGAGCGGACCCACACCGUCAUCGGCCUGGCCCUCAACCUGUGCAAGCUCCUGGCGUCCGUAUGCUCCCCCUACAUGCCUUCGACGGGCGCGGAAAUCUGCGAGCAGCUCAACACGCAGCCCGAAUCCAUCCCGGAUACCUGGACGGGCGACUCUCUCAAGUCCGGCCACAAGAUCGGCAAGGCCGCCUACCUCUUCUCCCGCAUCGACGACAAGAAGGUGGCGGAGUGGAAGGAGAGGUUUGGCGGCACCGACGAGUCCCGCGCCGCCGAGGAGGCUGCCAAAAAGAAGAAGCAGGAAGACAAGGAGAGGAAGAAGGCCAAGAAGGCUGCUGCCAGGCAGGCCGACAAGACCAAGGAAGGCGCCUCGCCUGCCGACGCUUCUGCCGCCGCUAUUCCUGCUCCCACGGCUGAGACGAGGGAACUGCCCAUCCGUGGAAAGGGGAACGCGAGCUAG